GCUUCCGCCAGCGCGAGGCCGCUCGGGGCCGCUCUGCGGCGCGGGGGACUGUCCGGAACCGCGCCUGCAGCCGCCGGCAUCGCGGCUAGAGGAGGGGGAGAUGGAGUUGGAGCCCGAGCUGCUGUUGCAGGAGGCCCGCGAGAACGUGGAAGCGGCUCAGAGUUACCGGAGAGAGCUGGGCCAGAGGCUGCAGGGGCUGCAGGAGGCGCGGAGGCAGAUCAAAGAGAGUGCAUCACAGACAAGAGAUGUCCUCAAACAACAUUUUAAUGAUUUAAAGGGGACCCUGGGAAAGCUCCUGGAUGAGCGAUUGGUGACCCUUUUACAAGAGGUAGACAGCAUUGAACAGGAGACCAUUAAACCACUAGAUGACUGCCAGAAGCUCAUAGAGCAUGGAGUGAACACUGCAGACGACUUAGUCCAAGAAGGUGAAAUCGCUAUUCUUGGUGGUGUAGGAGAACAAAAUGAAAAGCUGUGGAACUUUACCAAAAAGGCCUCUCACAUUCAGUUGGACAGCUUACCAGAAGUGCCUUUACUGGUUGAUGUGCCUUGUUUAUCUGCUCAGCUGGAUGACUCAAUUCUUAACAUUGUGAAAGACCACAUUUUUAAGCAUGGAACAGUAGCAUCUCGCCCACCAGUACAGAUAGAAGAACUAAUAGAAAAACCUGGAGGCAUCAUAGUACGAUGGUGUAAGGUGGAUGACGACUUUACCGCCCAAGAUUAUAGGCUCCAGUUCCGUAAAUGCACUUCCCAUCACUUUGAAGAUGUGUAUGUUGGCUCUGAAACUGAAUUCAUAGUAUUGCACAUAGACCCUCAUGUUGAUUAUCAGUUUCGAGUCUGCGCCCGAGGAGAUGGCCGGCAGGAAUGGAGUCCCUGGAGCGUCCCGCAGAUAGGUCAUUCCACAUUGGUGCCUCAUGAAUGGACAGCUGGCUUUGAAGGGUACAGUCUGAGCAGUCGAAGAAAUAUAGCACUCCGGAACGAUUCAGAAUCAUCAGGUGUCCUCUACUCCAGUGCUCCAACGUACUUCUGCGGGCAGACAUUAACAUUCAAAGUUGAAACUGUGGGACAAGCAGACAGAAGAGACAGUAUAGGAGUCUGUGCAGAGAAACAGAAUGGGUAUGACUCUCUGCAGCGGGAUCAAGCAGUCUGCAUUAGUACAAAUGGUGCAGUUUUUGUAAAUGGAAAAGAAAUGACUAAUCAGUUGCCUGCAGUUACUUCUGGGUCAACUGUCACAUUUGACAUUGAAGCUGUUAACCUCGGAUCCACCAAUAAUAACGAAGGCGGAAACUUCAAACUUCGAGUAACUAUUAGCUCAAGUAACAGAGAAGUGGUUUUUGAUUGGUUACUAGAUCAAUCUUGUGGUUCUCUUUACUUUGGUUGCUCAUUUUUCUAUCCUGGGUGGAAAGUGUUGGUGUUCUAAAUUUUUGGUUGCUGGCUUUGGUUUGUAGGAUUUCAAUUUAGCUGUCCUCAGCCUAGUUUUGUUGUAACUGAUUAAAAAAAUCAUUGGAUUCAUCUCUCAGUUAAGCCAUCAGAAAAUGGAAAAUGCUUACUGGAUUUAUUUUGAAAUAUUGUAAUGAAAGAGAUUUUAAGAUUGUGGAAAAAACCAUAAUAUAGCCAAUUUUCACCUUUAGCAUAAUUAAUUGAAACAUGACAUCAUGACAUCACAAUUCAAAUCAAUUUGGCUUUAAAAGUAUGAAGAACUAUCAAAAGGCCUGUAUACCCUUUUUAAACUUAGAAAAACUGAAAAUGUAGUAUUUUAUUAAAUCUCCAUCUACUAAGGAUCAAAUCCAUGUUAGACUUUAGAAUGGAGUAACAGGAAUAGACCAGAUAGAAGCCAGAGUUCUGUAAAAUGCAUUCACUUGUGUGUUCUCCACACGAGUGUGGAAUUUGCUCUCUAUGUUCAGGUAUUUGUAAACAGUAUUGGAUUUUUCUCAUGUUCAGUAAUCUUUAAAUCUCAAAAUCAUGACAAUUUUUACAUUUUUAAGUUACUGAACAAGUAUCUACAAUAGACACAAUAUUUUCUUUUCUUGCUAGUCAAUUCACGAUAGCUAGAGGAUUUUUACAGGGUAAAACUACUUGCAGAAGUAGUAAGUGCAGCAGUGUUAGCUAGUUCACGUAUGUAAAUGCACAUGUGCAUGUCCUGUCUCGGUGAUCCACCUCGGUCUUCAUAAGGGAUGAGCUGCAGUCUAGUUUAAUGAAGUUCUAUAAAUGGUCUCUUGCUAGACCAAACAAAUAUAGGGUGAAUACUUGACCUAUUUUUGGGAAAUAAAUUUGUUUAAAAUAUUUAUUUGAAGGCCUUACUUAGUAUGUAAAAAUGAUCUUAACUUGCUAUACCAGCUUACAGAUUUUCUUUUUCUAAUGUGAAUUUCUUUUUCAUUUUUACCAGUAGCAAAGUAGAAAAGCAAGUUGGAUAUUUUUGUAAAAUAAUUUAUUUGGGGAUUCAAAUUCCCUGUUAGACAAUCAUGACCAUUCCCCCUUGCCUUUUUAUGUGUAAGUUGUCUUUCACUUACUUGGUGAUUGUGAAGAUGUGCUGGAAUGUAGAUGCCUUGUCUACCCGUCUGAAACAAAAUAAAAAGCUGAACGUUAAAUUGUGUUUUAUUUUUUUCUAUAAGGUUAAAUGAAUCUAACUUCAGUCUUUUAAGUCAAGACAAAGGAUUUUU